AUGCCGCGAUCUCAAAGUGAAGUUCGCAAUGAUACAGCAAAACUUCUUUUGGAUCCCAUUGAUACAUAUCCGACAAGAUCAUUGACUAAUCAAUCAGAACGUAGUUCUGAACAAAUUCCAUCUAUUAGUUGGUCAGUUCAUCCAACAUCUCCUUUAAGUUCAAAAUCACCAACGGGAACUUUAUCACAUGAAAAUAUGGAUGGAAAUGCUGGAUUUUUUAUGGUUGAAGUAAAAUUAUUAAGUGAUGAAGAGGUUCCAUUACAAUUGGAAGUUACGAAUGAUUGUCUUGGUCGUGUAUUAUUCAAUCAAGUUAUAGAACGUUUAGGUGGAAUUAUUGAAAAAGAUUAUUUUGGUCUACGUUAUUUAGAUCGUUCUAAACAACGACAAUGGCUAGAAAUGUCUAAAACCGUUUAUAAACAAUUGAAAUAUGUUAGUCCAAGAUCAUUGAAUUUUCGUGUUAAACAUUAUCCAAGUGAUCCAGUUAAUGAAUUUCGUCAAGAAAAAAGUCGAUACUUACUGUAUCUUCAAUUAAGACGUGAUCUUCAUAGUGGAAGAUUGAUUGGAAGAAAUUUAGAAAUGCAUGUAUUAGCAGCAUGUAUAUUACAAGCUGAAAUUGGAGACUAUGAUAUCUUGUUAGAUUAUUUAGGACCUGAAGGUUCAUUAGCUGAUCUUAAAAUGUUUGCUAAUAUUACACCAAAAACAGAAUCAAAAAUUGUAGAAAUUUAUAAAUCACUCAAAGGUAUGUCAAUGAGUGAUGCUGAGAAUAAAUUUCUUGAAAAUGCUGCAAAAUUUGAAACAUACGGUAUUGAACCUUUAUAUGUUCAAGAUCGUAAAGGCAAUCACUUUUAUAUGGGAUUAAAUCAUGAAGGUGUCAUCACGUAUAGAGGAAGUAGAAAAGCACAUGUUUUUAGUUGGCAAAAAAUCAAUAAGAUAAGUUAUGAAGGGAAGUUAUUCAUUAUACAAGUGGAAUGGGAACAGCGUCGACAUACACUUGGUUUUAAAUGUCCAACUCCAGAAUCCGCUGAAGCAUUAUGGAAAUGGGCAGUUGAUCGUCAAUGUUUUUUUACGUUAAAUCGAUCUGUUGAUGCUAAAGAAUCCAAAGCUAAUGGUGGUUUAUUUAAACGUCGUCAAUUUUAUACAUUUACGGGAAGAUGCCAAAAGGAGUUAAUGCAGCUUAAUUCUAGUAUGCCUGCUAUACCUCAGCCUAGUGUUGCAAGAAGUAGGAGUUUAUUGAAUUUGGCCAAAAGUGUUCAUGAUAAACGACAUUCACAAAGUCAAAAUGAUUUGGAUCGUAAAUAUGUGGAUAGUAAUGAAAAUCUUCAAGAUAGUUCACGAAUGAAUCGAUUAAUCAAAGGUUUAGAUCAUCAUAGAAGUUCUUUAGAAACACGUAGAAAUAAUAAUGAAUUAGAUGAUUUAAACGAUCAACUUUUCAUGAAUAAACGAUUAACUGAUCAAUUGACUGGAGGAUUAAAACAACAAUUACAAUUACAAACAUUACAAGAUCAAGAAUAUUUAUCACAACAACAACAACAACAACAACAACAACAUAAAAGUAGUUUAUCAACACCGAAUUUAAUCAAUAUUCCUGGUAUUCAUAAAAAUCUUAAUGAAAUCAAUAAUAUUGUUGUUGAGGGUAAUUUAUUAAUCGAUAAAAAGAAAUCAAUUAAUGAAUUUUAUCAAAAUAAAAAUGAUAUAAUAAAUGAAACUAAUAUAAUAAAUAAUGAAAAACAACAAAAUAAUAUGAAAAUAGAACAAAUUAAUAAAACAAAUAUAAUGAAUAUAAUACAAUCAAAUAUAGAUAAUGAUAAUCAUAAUAAUGAUAAUAUUAAUGAUGAUUCAAUUAGUUCCGGUGUUGAAGCAAAUGCUGAAGCAACAGAACAACCAUUACAAAUUGAUGUAAAUUUAAAUAAUAUUGAUGGUGUUGAUGGUGGUGGUGGUGGUGUUAAUGGUGGUGUAAAUGGUUAUUGUACUGGUUCAGUAAAUACAUUAUCUUCAUCACCAUUAAAAUCAGCUGAUGAAGAUGAUAAUGAUCUAAAUGAGAAUGAUGAAUUUGUUAAUGAUGUAUUAAAACAAACAAAUAAUUCAGAUAUAUAUCCAAAAAUGAAAGUUGGUAAUUGGCUUGGUGCAAAUGGAAUAAAAUCUAUCAAGAAUACUGAUGAUGAACCUUCUGCAAUCAUUUCAAUUCAUUCAAAAACAGAUAAUUAUGUUAAUAAUAAUAAUAAUAGUGAAACAUUAAAUAAUUUAUCAAAUGAAAAUAUUAUAAAAGAUGAUUCAUACAGUCCAAUUUCAACUAUAUCUGCCUUAAAUCCCUAUUCAACGAAUCAUGAAGAGAUAGAGAGUAAAUUUAUUUCUAGUAUAAAACCAUCUAUUAGUUUAACUAAUUCUUAUCAAAUUGAAACUAAUCCAAUAAAAUCAAAAUAUAAACAAUUGAAUUCAAUGAAACAAACAACAAUUCAUCCUAAUCAUAAAUAUUCAAUUCAAUCAAUUAAUGAUAAUUUAUCCAUAAUAGAAACUACAAAACCAUCAUCAAUCAAUGUAUCUACAAUUAAUCGAUCUAAAUCACUUUAUUUUAAUCAAAAUAAAUCAAUAACAACCAUGACAACCAUGAUGACAACAGCAACAAUAACAACCACAUCAACCACUGAAACAAGUUUAAAUCCCUUAACAACAAUACCACAUAAAUCUCAAACACUAUCCUAUAAUCGUAUAGAAAAUAAAAAUGCAUCAAAAUCUACUAUUUAUUAUCCAUAUGCAUGUAAUAUUACUACAAUACAAAAUACAAUCAAUGAUCCAUUAUCAUCAUUAUAUUCAUCAACAAAUUAUGAAAUACCAUUAAAUAUUAAAUCAAUGAAACAUUAUACAGAAUCACGUAAAAAUAUUAUCAUAUAUCCUAAAUUAUCUAAUUCAAUUAAUAAUGAUUCAUUAUUAUCUAAAAAUACAUCACAACAUAUAUCAAGACAAUUAACAUUAAAUAAAAUGAAAUCUAUAAAAGAUUUAUCUCCUCAACCAAGAGAUUGGUAUCAAACAACAAUGAAUCAAAUAGAAGAUAAACAUGAUAUUAAUAAUAUUUUAUUAGAUUCAAUCGAUAUAAAUUCAUCUACUAUAAAAUCAAUAAAUGAUUAUAAUAAUCAUAUAGAUACAAAAUUAUUAAAUAAAAAAGAAACAAUUACAAAUGAUCUUUUAUAUAAUAAUGGUUAUUAUCCAUUAAAUAAUAAACAAUUAUUAAAUCAUUCUAAUAUUACCGCUAUUAUUCAUACACAUAGUAAUUAUAAUAAUAAAUCCAAUAGUAUGAUGGCACAAACAUCAUCUAUACCAUUUGAUCAACAUUUAUGGAAUACAACAAAUUUAUUAUCAUUAGCUAAAGCAACAAAAUCAAUUAAUUUUAAUCAAAAUUUAUCAUCAUCUAUAAGUAAAGGUGAAUUAAUUCAUAAAAUACAAUUAGAUCAUGAUAAAUCCAUAUCAAAUUCAUCAUCAUUAGCAUAUUUAACACAAUUAUCGAAUAGAUAUUUAGAUCAAACAUCUAAUUCUCUUAUUGAUUCAUCUUCUUAUUAUAAUCAAACAAGUAAUAAUAAUAAUAAUAUAAACAAAACAAUUCAUUCAAAAUUGGAUUAUACUACUAAUACUACUAAUAGUAGUCAAAUUAAUAGAACAGCUGGUAGUACUGCUGCAUAUCUUGCAGCUACCGGUGUUGGUGCAUAUAAAUUAGGUGAUUCAUUAGCUUUAUUAACAAAUAGAACAGAUCAUUUAAUUGAAUCAACUAUAAAUAAUGAUAAUAAUAAUAAUAAUGAUAAUAAUAUGAUAAGUAAAGAAUAUCCUAAAUCAGUUACAUUUAGUCAAAAUCAUUUCAUAACAAUUGAAAAUAAUGAAAAUAAUAAAAAACUAGAAUCUCAAACAAAGACACCUAGUCAUUAUUCAAUAAAACAAACUUCUUCUUAUACACCAUUAAUACCACCAAAGCCAAGUUAUAUACAAUCAAUUAAUAAUCAAUCAAGAAUAAUUAAUCAAUCUAGAGAGAAUACCAAUACUACUACUAUGACUACUACUACUAUGUCUACUACUACUACUACUACUGAUAAUAAUGAUAAUAUUGAUAUGGAAACAAUUUCACCUAGAACAUUUACACGAAGUGGAGAGAUCAUUUCCACAAUACCAACAUUUGAAGAUAAUGCUAUUCGAUCUAUGAAACGUGUUACAGAUAAAGUACAACAAAUUAUGAAUAUUGAUCAAAUAGAUAAUAUAAAUGAUUUAAAUAAUUCUAUUAAAUUAUUACCUCCAUUAGCUAAUAAAAUCAAUAUAAAUAAUCAAUUAAAUUCUAUAAAUACAUCUAUAUUAUCAUCAGAUAUAUCUGAAUCUUCUAUAAUUCAUUCUAAUCAUAGAACGAAUAAUAAUAAUAAUAAUAAUGAUUCCAAUACUCAAUUAAUUUCAUGUUUUCAACAAUUAUUCUAUUAUUUUAUUGUAGCUUUUAUUGUUUAUAAAUUAUUAAUUUGGUUUAAUUUAAAACCUAAUUUUGGUUAA